CUGAGGAGAACCCUGGCUGAGGCGCGCGGGCCGCCGCAGCCGCCGCGGUCGUUCGUGGCACUCGGGCUCUGACGAGGACGGUCUCCGCCGUCGCCUCCUCCUACCUUCUAGUCCUCACCGUCCUCCUCUCUCUCCUCAGAAGCAACCCGCGUCCCCACCUCCUCACGCCCAACCCGCGGGAACGAGGCCUUGGGAAUUCAGGGGAGUGGCUGUGGGGGCGCGUCGCGGCUCCCAGCUCCGCCAGCCCCUCUUCCAAGACAUGGUCUGACCCUCGUUGUAAAAGCUGCGCCCCGAAGAUUAGCAGAGUGGUUCUCCCGGCUGGGGGCUGCAGGGAUCUCUUGGUGCUGAAGCUCUUGCAUUAUUUUAGGGUGGGGCGGGGAGGGCCCUGGAUUUUGGGGGAGUAGGGGUGGGCGCGGAGGAGGACCCGAAGGGGCAAAGGACUCUGUGAGGGAGUCGGUGAGAGACUAUGGGGAAGGACCAGGAGCUGUUGGAAGCUGCUCGAACUGGAAAUGUGGCUUUGGUGGAGAAACUCCUGUCUGGCAGGAAAGGAGGGAUCCUGGGCGGUGGAUCCGGACCCUUGCCCCUGUCCAAUCUGCUAAGCAUCUGGCGAGGCCCCAAUGUGAACUGCACAGACAGUUCGGGUUACACUGCUUUACACCAUGCAGCCUUAAAUGGACAUAAGGACAUAGUUCUCAAACUGCUUCAAUAUGAGGCAUCAACAAAUGUAGCAGAUAAUAAAGGUUAUUUUCCUAUUCACCUGGCUGCCUGGAAGGGAGAUGUGGAAAUAGUGAAGAUUCUUAUUCAUCAUGGACCAUCACAUUCCAGAGUCAAUGAACAGAACAAUGAAAAUGAAACUGCCCUACACUGUGCAGCUCAGUAUGGUCACUCAGAAGUUGUUGCUGUUCUCCUAGAAGAGCUCACUGACCCUACCAUCAGGAACAGCAAGCUGGAAACUCCUUUGGACCUGGCAGCCCUCUAUGGACGGCUUAGAGUGGUCAAAAUGAUCAUCAGUGCGCAUCCUAACUUAAUGAGCUGCAACACUCGAAAGCAUACACCACUACACCUCGCUGCACGCAAUGGUCAUAAAGCAGUUGUUCAAGUGCUGCUGGAAGCAGGGAUGGAUGUGAGCUGUCAAGUGAGUCUUCUUUGAGCUAUGCUUCAAAAGCAGUAAUGCUCUUGCUUUGCUUUAAGAUGCAGAUGCUAAAACUUACAUGAGGAAAUCUUACCAUUUUUUAAUAAAAUUAUCCACAACUAUUUUUGUAGCUGUUAAA